AUGGAGAAAGAACGUUUGGAAACAGUACGUCUAAACUAUGAAGAGUUAAACACGUUAGCAAUGGAUCUGAGGACGGAUCACGAUCUAGCUGAGGAAGGAGGCCCACACGAGGAGCAUUCAGGCAGCGCCAGCAAUCAGAAGCGAUACCUCCAUCACAAGAAGGAGCGAGACAAGCGGCCGUCGAUGGAGAUUUAUCGCCCCGGUAUGAGCAGGCUGGCGAGAAAAAACGAAGAUUACGCCGACCCUACCGAUCAACAUGAGAACAGCGAUUUGAUGAGUGGCUCGCCAGACGAGGGUGUGGAUGCGAGAGCAGAUCUGUCCGACCGUCUGAACGACCUCAGUCUGACCUCUAUACAGCGGGAGAACGGGGAGCUGGGGAAGAGGAGGAACAAGCGACCGUCGAUGGAGAUCUACGUCCCCAAGGCGCGCCAGCAAGGCUCCCUUCCCGUGGGAAGCCCCGGCGCGGCCUCCUCCCCCUCCUCCCUCCCCUCGGAACCUUCCCCGGAGAAGCCGGGUGGAGGUCGAAGGUCAGAGGUCGUGCAAGUGUCACGGGGAGGUGGAGAGGUCACACAAGGGUCGCAGCACGCCGGAGAGGUCGCGACAGGGUCGCAGGGCGGCGGAGAGGUCACGCAGGGGUCACAGCAACAGGAGAAAAAUUUGAGAAAUAAACACAGGCAGCAGCAGCAGCGUCGAAACUCCACUCAGCUAGAUAGCAAACAACAGCAGCAGCAGCAGCAGCAGCGUCGAAACUCCACUCAGCUAGAUAGCAAACAACAGCAGCAGCAGCAGCAGCAGCAGCAGCAGCAGCGUCGAAACUCCACUCAGCUGGAUAGCAAACAACAGCAGCAGCAGCAGCAGCAGCAGCAGCAGCAGAGGCAGGGGAAGGAUCUCACGGCCAAGCAUCAAUCGUCACACGGCAGAAAGAGCAGCGCGUCGGACAGCGGCGAGCGGACGGACAAAACGCUGAAAGACGACGUUGUCAACGACGACGACUGGUAUCGCGACCUCCACGAGCUCAUCUCCCAGAAGGAGGCCAGGCUGAAGGGGGCGCCACCGUCGGCGCCGCGGCCCGUCGCCGCGGGCAACGCUGUCAUUAGUGCGAAGAUGUGCGCGGUGGGAGGGGACGCCACCAGGCCUCUGUCGGGCGGCUCGCGCCCCGGCAGCGGCAGGCGGCGCCGCCGUCGCAGCCGUAGCGGCGGCGGCGGAGCGAGCCAGGAAGACGUGACGCCGUUGUUGCAGUCGUCGUCCACGGCAACGCCGAGCGACGACGUGACGGAGCAGACGCCGGAUAGAUUCACUGACACCGGGG